AUGGCCAAGGCGAAAGAUAAAAAGAGCUCCUCAGGAGUGAACAGUCAUUUGCGAGCCCGGUUGGCGUACCUUCAUAACGCCGCAAGCCUUCUUCAAUCCGUGGCGGUUUCCUCGAAGAAACCAGAUGACCAGCGAGCCGAUAAUGGAAACCCAGAGAUAUCGGGUUCAACGAGGAUUGAACCACAUGUUCUGCGGCUCCCAGUGGAAGUCAAGCGCUCAUUCUGCAAGCGCUGCGACACACUUCUAAUUCCCAGUGUCAACUGCACGCAUGAGAUUAGAAAUGAGAGCCGUGGUCGCAGAAAACCUUGGGCAGAUGUACUGGUCAUUCGUUGCACUACAUGUGAGACGGAAAAGCGCUUUCCACAAACAGAGAAGCGGAGCAAGAAACUUGCGGAACAUCGGAAGGAAAAAGCACAAGCGGAGAAGCCAGAUGUUAAGUGA